UAGUACUAGGUUUUUUUUGUUGUUCUUUAUCGUGAAAGGCGUAACGAGCCUUUCGCUUCGUACAGGCUCCCAUUUGGACUGGUCGUAAACCAAACGAACGGUUAUUAUUGAAAAAGCGACCAUCGAAGUUUAGCAGAACCCGUCCGUAGCAAAAUCGCUCAGGUAGCAGAGCGAAUACUAGCUAAAAAAAAGGGAUAAGGUUGACGUUGGGAGCCCGAAAAAUGUUCGAGCUGCUGAAUCGAUUUCAUUCAUAGCUCGGUGUUUCAAGCGAUCGGAACGGGUUUUGGUUGGUUGGCUGGUGGGAGCUUUUAUUUCACAAGUGAUUUCCCCUGAGGGUCACAUCGAUUAAUAAGGGGUGAUUGGAAGCAUCAGUUUUGCGAAGAAAUUUGCAACAGGAUCCAACUGGUGGCACACCAAAUAGUGUAAUGAAUGUGAUUAAAUUUAAACUUCCAGUUAGCUUUGAGCCUAAGUGCAAGGUGUACCGCAACCGGCGAAGGAUUCCUCGCAGCGCCCAUACUACACCGGACACGUUGUUCAGUGUGUGCGAGUUGGUUCUCCGGAAGUUGCUGGGUAGUCGAGUUCCACGCAGAAAGUUCUGGCCAACCGUGCUGUCCUUGCUGCCCGGAUCGGAGUCACGACGGAUCAGUGUGCGACAUCAGCUGGAGUGCCCACAGGAUUUCAACGUCCAUCUUAGGUCCAGCGUAAACUAUGCCAACCAUUGGAGCCUACUGACGGAAUCUCUGCGGCAUGAACCGCGUUGGCCCCGGAUACGCAUCGGUGAUCCAGCACGCAACCGGAUUACUCGCCUUCACCAGGACUACCCAUCGCAGCACAUCUGGCAGAUUCGGCCCUAUGACAUGCUGACCAGUGCGUUUAUCGUUCGCACCGCAGCAAAAAUUGCCUCAUUGGAACAACAGCGCUCCCAAGGCAGGUUUCGCACAGGGCGUACGGUUUCCUCCUUAACCGCCACCACUAUCACCACCGCGACCUCCUCUACCGGGCGACGACUGAGCCGGGACCGAUCGAUCGAUGUGCCGGACGAUGACCAAGACGACCAGCAGCUGGUGCAACAGUUACAGUGUCAGCAACUAAUGGUAAUUGGCAAGCGUACGACCGGAAGUUACGAGCUACGACUGAAUAGUGUAUCGGUUAAAACCCCCCGACACAAGAGACCCACACGCUAAGGGAUGACGCACGACAACCACACCCGUUCCGCUUUCGUUUUGUCGUCGGACUUACCUGCACUACUACUAUCACAGAAUCAUUUUGUAAUGGACCGUAGAUGUCCUCGUUGAGAACAGUCUGCAGGUCAUUGUAGCGGUGUAUCAUGCGCAGGAUGUCGCUGAUGUUGGCCGUCCGGGGCCCUUCUCCUCCAAAGUGUGUACCAUUUUGACCUGCAAAGGGAAAGGGAACUUUUGCAAUUAAGGCAAAAUGCUAAAUAAAGAGAGCCGCGAAAAAACCUAAAAUUCUAA